AUGCUCUCACUCGCCCGCGUGCGGUCGGUCGCAGAGCUGCUCGCGAUGCUCCUUGCAAGCGUUCGGACGCGUCCGCUCAAGCUCCUCGGCCCCGCCGCUGCGGUGAGUGCACUCGUGCUCGUCCUGCGGCAUCUCUGUGCGCGUCGGGCACAUACGCAGGCGUAUACUCGAGCGCUGGCGGGAGACCCGGCGCGUGUGGCGCGCCGUAUCCAGAGCGGAGACGAGGAGUACGAUCCAGAGGAGUAUGACGUCAUUGUCGUUGGCGGAGGCACCGCGGGCUGUGUGGUCGCGGCACGGCUGUCGGAGGACCCGUCGAUACGUGUCCUGCUUAUCGAGGCCGGUGAGAGCUCCCGGCAUAUGGUGUUCUCGCAGAUACCAUCUGCCUUUGCUUCUCUAUUUCAUGGCAAGCACGAAUACAAUUUCUACACCAUCCCGCAACCAAACGCUGGUGGGAAGGCAAAGUACUGGCCGCGAGGCACGUUGCGUUAUUCUCGUUAUCGGUUGGACGCUAACAAUUGUUCGAUGAUAGCCAAGCUUUUGGGUGGAUGUUCCUCAUUAAAUGCGAUGAUUUUCCACCACUGCGCGCCGUCCGACUAUGACGAAUGGGUAAGGUACCAGAAAGGCGCGGAGGGUGCAGAGGGCUGGUCGUACAGCGAAUUCCUCCCGUACUUCAUCAAGUUCGAGAAUUUCCACCCCAGUGAAAAAUUUCCCCUCGUUGACCCGACGCUGCGUGGAUCCGGCGGUCCUGUCGCCACUGGGUAUUUUGGAAAUGCUGCGGUGCAUACGAUGAAUUUCAUCGAGGCCUGCGACAGGGUCGGCAUACCGCGCAAUCCGGACCUGAACACGAAGAACGCGUUGGGCGUGAGCAAGGUGAGCAGGUGUCUGACAACCAUCGACUCCAACGGCCGCCGUGUGACGACAGAGACCGCAUACCUGACUCGCAAGGUUCUCGCUCGGCCAAACCUCAAGGUUGUAACCAAGGCUCGGGUGUUGCGCAUUGUCUUCGACGUCAGCAGUGAGACACCGCGUGCGGUGAGCGUGCAGUUCCUCGACGAGCAGGGCAAGCGCUUCGAGGCGAAGGCACGUAAGGAGGUCGUCCUCAGCGCGGGUGCGAUCCAUACGCCCCAGCUUCUCAUGCUGUCCGGCGUUGGGCCCGCCGCACACCUUGCGGAGCAUGGCAUCCCCGUCGUCGCGGACCUGCCUGGGGUUGGUGCGCACCUGAUGGACCACCCUACGAUCGACCUGUACUUCAGGGACAAGACGCGGGCACUGGAGGCUGGAAUGUCGCACACGCCCAAGGGGUUCAUGAAGACGCUGGGGUUCUUCCGUGCGAUGCUGCAGUACCAGCUCACGCGCCGAGGACCCCUUACGACGAACCUUGCCGAGGCUGUUGCAUUCAUACGUUCGUCCGACCGCUCACUGUUCCUCAAGGACGAGUUUAUCCCAGAUGCGGAGCUCGAGGACACAUCGUCCGCGCCCGACGCGCCGGACAUCGAACUCUUCAGCUCGCCGAUGGCGUAUACAGAGCACGGAUAUGGCCAGCCUUUCGACGGGUACACCUUUGGGCUGCAUGCCACGCUCUUGCGGCCAACGAGCACGGGCACCAUCCGCCUCAGCUCCGCUGAUCCGCUCGACCCACCCAUUAUCGAUCCCAACUAUCUCUCCACGCGGCACGAUGUCGCGCUCCUCGCGCGUGCCGCACGCCUGCUCGCGCGCAUCGCGUAUACGGAGCCACUCGCGGGCAUGCUUGACCCCACCGGCGAGGCGGAGCCGGCGUUCAAUCAUAAAUUGCUUGCGCUGGACGACGCGGCGCUCGAGGAACUCGUGCGCGCGCGCGUGGAGACGCUGUACCACCCGGCGUGCACCGCACGCAUGGCGCCCGCCGCGGACGGCGGUGUCGUCGACCCGUUUUUGCGCGUGCAUGGCAUUCCGAACUUGAGGGUCGCGGAUGCGUCGGUGUUUCCGACGAUUGUUGCGGGCCACACGAUGUCGCCGACGAUUGCUGUUGCGGAGAAGGCUGCGGAUAUGAUCAAGGCUGCAUUUCGUGCGCAGUAA